CGUUGGACUAAACAUUAGCCUUAGUGGUGGGAUCAGGUCAUCAAAACUGAUGUAUAUUUGCUUUUUUAAAAAAAAAAUAUUUUAACUGCUCAAUUAGCUGAGUACCUAAUAUUCACAUUAUGCCACUUAAUCUAAUGUUUUAAAGAGACAUUUAAGCUUUCAACUAACAUCCAUUCUAGUGAAGCAAAAUGCUGCCUGCUACUUUUCCUGCUCAGUUUCUGGAAGUUUGGGCAGCUGCUGCUGUGUGUGCUGAAGGGAAAUUGGAUUCUUAAAGAAACUGCUUAAUCUUGUCUAUUAAGCAAUUAAAUAAAAUGGGCUCUCAGAGUGUGUAGCAGGCGGGUUUGGAAGUGAAAAAACAUUUCGAAAAUCAUGUUUUGCGUUUAAAAUGGAUGUUUAAAAAUGCAACGGCAUACAUUUAAGAGAAAAUGAUGAUUUGGGGAGUUUUUAUUAAGUGCUUCAAGUCAAGAAAGUCUGAAUAUUAAAGAACUUAUACAAUGACAGGAGAAGCCGCUUUAGUGGAAGUAGGCCCUGAAUUUAAAUUAGAUCAACCUAAAAGGGCACAGUGAAAUUUAUUCCAAAUCGUUCAGAUUUUUCUCCUUUGAAAAAAAUCCCCAUCAAAAAGGGUAUCGCCACUUUAUUCUGCAGAGUUGUCCUUCAAAGCAGUGUCGCCACUGCACGGGGACCUCAGAAAUACACUGAUUAUAGGUCGAAAUGAAAAACAAAACAAACCAAAACCGAAACCAGCAGUGCUGUUGUCGAAGUCAUUCAGGGGGCUGUCCUCCCUUUUAAUGUAUUCGUUUUUAAUGAAAAGGGAAGGGAGUAUUUGAUAUAUCCUGACACUUGGUCCCUUUCCGCGAAAUCUGAAACUUGAGACGCAAAACAUUCCGCAGUUGUUGGUGAAAUACCUGCCUUAAAAGCAGAACCACACUGAAUGUCUUUGGCCCGGAAUUCCAGAGACUAAUUUCCACCCCUCCCACGGAGUCACCUGCUCAGGGGGAACCCCGGCCAGAAAUCCGGGUCGCGCCAGGUCAAAUCUUGCGCGUCUCUUGUUUACUCCGCCCGGGGCAGGGCGGCGGCGCGGCCGGGGGGGUGGGGAGGCCGCUCGGGCCCGCGGUGCCCGGGGCACUAGGCUCCGCUCAGCUCGGCGCGGGUGCUCGGGCGCCCAGGAGGGGCCGCGCGCGGUCCCGGCCGGGCGGGGGACCACCCGGAGGAGGCGCUCCCGGCGCCCGCCCGGCCCUGCCGCCACUCGCCGCGGCCUCCGGGGAACCUCCCCCGAGGGUGCACACGAGUCCACACACGCAGGGUAACGGCUCGAGGGAGCCCCGGAAUCCCCCGGGUGUCGCUGGGCAGGGGAGGAAGCCCAGGGUCCCUGUCCCCACUCGCCUGGGAUUCCCUCGUCCGUGGGCCCCGGUCUCCCCGCGCGGGCUGCGAUUUCACUCGAGUCCCCUCUUGGGCGAGGGAAGCGCGCGGGUGGAGGCAGCGACUAGCCCCGGGUCCCAGCGCGGCCCACCGGGACACUGGUAGCAAUAACCCGCGCAGCUGCCCAUGCGGGCUUGAAUACCCCCGAGAGGGCGGGCCGCGUGUCCCAAGCGGGGUGCGCCUAGGGCGCCCCGGUGAGUGACCCCAGGGAAGGCAUUUGGGGCAUUUCGAACGCGUGAAAAGUUCGUGCUUCUGCAGGGGCGCGGAAAGUGCUAGUAAAACGCUUUGCAAAGCUCCAGAAUGCAGCCGGGAGCUAGUCUGAUUUUUUUUUUUUUCUUUUUUUUUGACUGUAACAACCGUGAGGACGGGCGAGGGCGAGGGCGAGGAAGGGGAUCAGAGGUACACGGACAAAGUCAUAAUGACAAUACUAAUUAUUAUAUAAUUUUGUGAUCAAGACAGGGAACGAUUAGAUUAAACGAGGAAAUGGGGAAGAUGGGGGGGGGGGGCUUCCACGUCCCUAAAGGAAAUUCUCAGGCUCUUGGAGACGCCCAAGUUUUUUUUUUUUGCAUGACAAGUAGAGACUGGUUCUCGGGGGAGUUCCCCGAUCCGAGCGAGCGGGAGCGCGGCCCUGGUCUUCCCGCCCCGAGCGGCCGCAGCGGGGCCAGGCCCUGCCCUCCCGGCCGCCUCCCUCCCCCGCCGCCCCGCCGCCCCGCGCGCCGCACAUCCUUCUCCAGCUUGCCGACUCCAGACUGGUUUUUCUGGUUCAGCCUCCCUCCCUGGGACGCGCUGGGGGAUCCGAUGACGUCGCUGGCUGAGUCUCUCCCUCUUCCUCCCUCCUUCCCUCCGCCUCUCCCCCCGCCCGCCCUCGCCGCGCACUCCUCCUAGUAACUUCUGUUCGGGGAGGCGCUGCCAGGAAUAACCCGGUGCGUCCACAGCCCCGGAGGGGAGGCGGCCGCUGCGGCUCCCGCACGCAGACUGCUUGCGGCCCGGGCCUCGCGCUCCCUCGCGAGCCCCGCGGCCCCUGCCCUGGGCCCAUCUCCGUAUAGUGUCAGAAAAAUAAAUAAAGGAAAGAGGAGCCUGGGCUGGCGGUCGGGAUCUCUUCCCUCCCUCCGCGCCCGCCCUCCCUCUGUCCUUAAGGAAAUGCUACCAGACACCCCCCACCAGACACGCUCAGCCUUGGCGAGGAGCGGCCGCCGCGGCAGCGAGAACAAGGGCACCAGGGGGGUUUCCUCCUCCUCCUCCUCCUCCUCUCCCUCCUCUUCCUCCUUCUCCUCUCCGUCCUCCUCCUCCUCCUUCUCAGCGGUGACUUUCCAGGUGAGCGGCCGCCGCUGCUGCGAGGAUCCCCCUUGCCCGCUCGGGCUCGGGCCACCGCGUCGCGCCCUCCUCCCGCCCCUGUCACCCGGCGGCGGCCGGGAGCUGACAGCCGCCCGAGGGGCUCGCGGCCCGGAGGCGGGCAGCCGGCGGGAGGCGGGCUGGAGGUGAGAGGGUGGAGAGGAGGCGAGCGGGGCGCCGCCGAGCGCUGUCUCUCCCCGCCGGAGGAGGGUCUCCACAAAAACAUCUUCGGGGACUGUGGCACAAGUCUUUGCCAAGUUGAGUCCUGGACCUUGAGGCUCCCCGGAGCCCGGAGCAACUUGGAGGGUCUCCUGGCUCGUUAACGAUAUUUCUACACGUCUCGACUUUGGGGUGCUGGGUGCAGCCUUGGGGCGCGCGGAGGGCGGACCGACCAUUUGGGAGCGCAGAGCGGCGGGAAUCUAGGUUCCUCGGCUCGGUAAGUGGCCUAGGCGCCGUGUUUUUCCUGCCUCCUUCAGCAUUGGGAGCUUGUUUCACUUUAUACUGAAAUCGCCUCCGCCGGACUCGGUCGCGUCUCGCGGCGCGCGCCCCCAGCCCCUUCCCGGUGUGGCGAGGGUGAGGGUCGGAGGGGGCGGGGAUGGGGGAGACCUCGUCCGGGUGGGGGGGUGGUCCGGCGCGUCGGGAAAUGCGGGGAAUACCCUGGCCGAGGAUCUAUGCAGAUGAGGGGAGGCUGCUUUGCGUAAUGUCCUGGGGGGAGGGGGCCGCGCGGGAGCGCUGGAGGCAGGAAUGUGCCUGGUUACUAAUGAGGGACGUGCACCGGCGCGCACCGCCGGGCCACCGCUGCGGCUGCCGCGGCCGCCGGCCGCCCGUCGUCAGGUGGAGUCUUUGAAUUUUUAAAAAGACAAUGGUAAUCAGAUUGACUUGAAAAAUUAAGUGAAUUGACUUGGUUGGAACACUCUUUUACCGAUUCAGUAACAUUCAGCUGCUGGGUUUCCAGAAGUUAUGCAUGAGUUCCAGUGAGGAGAGUCGGCACCGUGGAAGACAUAGAUGGUUGUGAUACAGUUUUUUGAUAUGUGGAUAACAGGAAGCAUCAAGACAAUCAUGUCCAUGAGAAUGCUAAACCAUUCAGAUCGUUUUAUCUUAGUGAAACUGGCAAUUGAACUUUGCUCUAGUUGAUGGGCAAAACUGCUCCCAGACUAUUCAUCCCAAUUUCAUGCUAGUUGAAAAUCUUCAAAUGCCAUAAGGAAUCUUCAUAGAUUUGCACUUAGCUUUUGGAUGGACAUUUCUACAAUGGAGAGAACUGUGUUAUAGCCCUGGUCCAAGGCCGUUACCAUCUCAUGCUCAUAAGACUACGGGGUGGGUGUGGCAGGUUCAAAGAGAAGGAGCACUCGGCCAGUUUGCAGACACCCUGGACCAUGGAAGCUAACAAGCUUUGAAAAGCACAGCUUUGAAGACACUCCAUGAGUCUGCAUGGCUUUCAAGUGAACUAGCACUUAAGACCUUGUAACAAAAUGGACACUGGGGACACAGCUCUAGGACAAAAAGCUACCUCAAGGUCUGGAGAAACUGAUACAGCAUCAGGUAGAUGGAGACAGGAACAAUCAGCUGUUAUUAAGAUGAGCACUUUUGGCAGUCAAGAAGGACAGCGGCAACCACAAAUAGAUCCUGAGCAAAUCGGAGACACAGCGUCCGCACAACUCUUUGGUUCUGGGAAACUGGCCUCACCUAGCGACGUGGCACAGCAUGUCACAGAGAAGCAAUACCCACCGCCUCGUCCGAGCCCUUACUCAUGCCAACAUUCACUCUCUUUCCCUCAGCACUCAUUGCCACAGGGGGUCAUGCACAGCAGCAAGCCACAUCAGAGCCUCGAAGGCCCUCCGUGGCUUUUCCCUGGCCCUUUGCCGUCCGUUGCCUCCGAGGACUUAUUUUCUUUUCCUAUACAUGGCCACAGUGGUGGUUACCCCAGAAAAAAGAUUUCAAGCCUGAACCCUGCUUAUAGCCAAUACUCUCAGAAAAGUAUCGAACAGUCCGAAGAUGCUCACAAGAAAGAGCACAAACCCAAAAAGCCCGGCAAAUACAUUUGCCCCUACUGCAGCAGGGCGUGUGCCAAACCAAGCGUACUGAAAAAACACAUCAGGUCCCAUACUGGGGAGCGGCCAUAUCCAUGUAUACCUUGUGGUUUCUCUUUCAAGACAAAGAGCAAUUUGUAUAAGCACAGGAAGUCACAUGCCCAUGCAAUUAAGGCAGGAUUAGUCCCUUUCACAGAGUCAGCUGUAUCUAAAUUGGACCUAGAGGCUGGUUUUAUUGACGUAGAAGCAGAAAUACAUUCAGACGGUGAGCAGAGUACAGACACGGAUGAGGAGAGCUCUUUAUUUGUUGAGGCUUCUGAGAAAAUGAGUCCGGGCCCACCAAUCCCAUUGGAUAUUGCCAGCCGAGGUGGCUAUCAUGGAUCACUGGAAGAAUCACUGGGAGGUCCGAUGAAAGUGCCGAUUUUGAUUAUCCCCAAAAGUGGGAUCCCUUUACCUAACGAAAGCUCUCAGUAUAUAGGUUCUGAUAUGCUACCGAAUCCGUCACUAAAUACUAAGCCUGAUGAUUCUCACACAGUUAAACAGAAACUUGCACUAAGACUGUCAGAGAAAAAAGGACAAGAUUCUGAGCCAUCUCUCAACCUUCUGAGCCCGCACAGUAAAGGAAGCACUGACUCCGGUUACUUCUCUCGCUCAGAAAGUGCGGAGCAGCAAAUAAGCCCUCCAAACACAAAUGCAAAGUCUUAUGAAGAAAUCAUCUUUGGAAAAUACUGUCGGCUUAGUCCCAGAAAUACACUCAGUGUUACGACCGCAAGUCAGGAGCGUGCCACAAUGGGUAGGAAGGGCAUGAUGGAAUCAUUACCUCACGUAAACACCAGGUUAGAUGUCAAGAUGUUUGAAGAUCCUGCAUCACAGCUGAUCCCAAGCAAGGGAGAGAUCGACCCCAGUCAAGCAAGCAUGCUGAAAUCCACGAAAUUCAACAGUGAAUCCAGACAAUCCCAGACUAUUCCGUCAUCCAUCAGGAACGAAGGAAAGCUUUUUCCUGCAAAUUUCCAAGGCAGCAGCCCAAUUCUCUUAGAAGCUCCUGUGGACUCUUCACCCCUUAUUAGAAGCAACUCGAUGCCAACUUCUUCAGCAACUAAUCUUAGCAUUCCUCCUUCUUUGAGAGGAAGUCACUCAUUUGAUGAAAGGAUGAGUGGCUCCGAUGAUGUGUUCUAUCCGGGAACGGUGGGGAUACCCCCUCAGCGCAUGUUAAGGAGACAGGCUGCAUUUGAGCUGCCCUCAGUACAGGAGGGGCACAUGGAGGCAGAACACCAUGGCAGGAUGUCCAAGAGUGUCACAGGCUUAUCCUUGAAGGAAAAGAAAUUGAUUUCUGGGGACCGCAUGGGGUAUGACUAUGAUGUCUGCCGGAAACCCUACAAGAAGUGGGAAGACUCCGAAACACCAAAGCCAAGCUACAGGGACAUUUCCUGCUUAAGCUCUUUAAAACACGGGGGUGAGUAUUUCAUGGAUCCCUCGGUGCCAUUGCAGGGAGUGCCAACCAUGUUUGGAACUACUUGUGAAAAUAGAAAACGCCGGAAAGAGAAGAGCGUGGGAGAUGAGGAGGACACCCCCAUGAUCUGCAGCAGCAUCGUGAGCGCACCCAUGGGCAUAAUGACUUCGGAUUACGACCCCAAACUGCCGAUGCAGGAAGGCGUAAGAGGUGGAUUUGUCAUGGCGGGACAUGAGAACCCUUCCCACGGUCACUCGGAGCGCUUUGACCCGUGUCGACCUCAACUCCAAUCUGGAAGUCCAUCUCUUGGGUCCGAGGAGUUGCCCUCAGCCACCGAUGCAGAUAAGAUUUCAGACCUAGCGGGCAGGAAACCUCCUGGAAAUGUGAUUUCUGUUAUUCAGCACACAAACUCGCUGAGCCGCCCCAACUCAUUUGAAAGGUCUGAGUCAGCUGAACUGAUGGCUAGCGCACAGGACAAGGCCUCUUCACCUUCUGAGACCUGUGACAGCGAGGUUUCAGAAGCCCCGGUGAGUCCAGAGUGGGCUCCACCUGCGGACGGUGCUGACAGCGGGGGGAAGCCGUCCCCUUCCCAGCAGGCCCAGCAGCAGCCCUACCACGCGCAGCCUAGGCUGGUUCGCCAGCACAACAUUCAGGUUCCUGAGAUUCGAGUGACGGAGGAGCCUGAUAAACCAGAGAAGGAGAAAGACGCCCAGAGUAAAGAGCCGGAAAAGCCCGUGGAGGAAUUUCAGUGGCCCCAGAGAAGUGAGACCCUUUCCCAGCUCCCAGCUGAGAAGUUGCCACCCAAAAAGAAGCGUUUGCGACUUGCAGACAUGGAGCACUCUUCAGGGGAAUCCAGCUUUGAAUCCACAGGCACGGGCCUCUCCCGCAGCCCCAGUCAGGAAAGCAACUUGUCCCACAGCUCCAGUUUUUCAAUGUCUUUCGAAAGAGAGGAUGCCAUUAAGCUCCCCGCACCUCCUAAGCCAGACGAGUUUGGGAAGCACUCAGAGUUUCUGACCGUCCCUGCUGGGUCGUACUCCUUGUCCGUCCCGGGCCACCACCACCAAAAAGAGAUGCGGCGCUGCUCGUCCGAGCAGAUGCCUUGCCCUCACCCAACGGAAGUUCCGGAAAUCCGGAGCAAAUCAUUUGAUUACGGGAAUCUGUCCCACGCCCCGGCGGCAGGGGCAUCGGCCGCCACGUUAUCCCCAUCGCGGGAGAGGAAGAAAUGCUUUCUGGUGCGGCAGGCUUCCUUCAGUGGCUCUCCGGAGAUCGCCCAGGGGGAGGCUGGUGCAGAUCUGGGUGUAAAGCAGGAGCACAUGGAGCACCUGCACGCGGGCCUGAGGGCCGCGUGGCACCCUGCCCCCGCCUCCGUGCUGCCUCCCCUCCAGGCAGAGGACCCUGGGAAGCAGAUUGUGGGUCCUUGUGCCCAGCUGAGCUCAGGUCAGCUCCACCUGGCCCAGCAACAGAUCAUGCACAUGGACGGUCAGGAAUCCCUGAGAAAUCCCCUGAUACAACCGACAUCCUAUAUUGCAAGCAAGCACUUGUCUGAACAGCCACAUUUAUUUCCACAUCAAGAGACUAUUCCGUUUUCUCCAAUCCAGAAUGCCUUGUUUCAGUUUCAGUAUCCUACCGUCUGUAUGGUUCAUUUACCAGCUCAGCAGCCUCCCUGGUGGCAGGCACAUUUCCCACAUCCCCUUGUGCAACACCCUCAGAAGAGCUACGGCAAGCCUUCUUUCCAGGCAGAAAUCCAUCCUAGCUGUCCCUUAGAGCAUGUUGCAGAGCACAUUGGAAAGAAAUCUGCUGAGCACGCACACCCGAAAGAGCAAACCUACCCGUGUUAUUCAGGAACAUCAGGGCUACACUCAAAGAACAUUCUUCCGAAGUUCCCGUCAGACCAGAGCACCAAGUCACCUGAUACUCCCUCUGAACAGGUUCUUCAAGAAGAUUUUGCCUCUGCAAACGCUGGGCCUUUACAGUCCUUACCGGGAACAGUGGUUCCUGUUAGGAUCCAGACCCAUGUCCCGUCCUACGGGAGUGUCAUGUACACGAGCAUUUCUCAGAUACUUGGGCAGAACAGUCCUGCAAUUGUCAUAUGCAAAGUGGACGAGAAUACUACCCAAAGAACACUGGUGACCAACGCGGCCAUGCAAGGGAUCGGAUUCAACAUUGCCCAGGUGUUGGGGCAGCAUGCAGGCUUAGAAAAAUACCCCAUUUGGAAAGUACCUCAGACCUUACCCCUUGGCUUAGAAUCCUCAAUCCCCUUAUGUUUACCUUCCACCUCGGACAGCGUGGCCACCCUGGGGGGUAGCAAGCGUAUGCUUUCUCCAGCCAGCAGCUUGGAGCUCUUCAUGGAAACGAAGCAGCAGAAAAGGGUCAAGGAAGAAAAGAUGUAUGGACAGAUUGUUGAGGAGCUCAGUGCUGUGGAGCUAACCAGCUCAGACAUCAAGAAGGAUCUGUCCCGCCCACAGAAACCCCAGCUGGUUCGACAAGGUUGUGCUUCUGAGCCAAAGGAUGGCUUGCAGUCCGGGUCAUCUUCCUUCUCUUCACUGCCCCCUUCCUCAUCUCAAGACCAUCCGUCUGCCAGCCUGUCCAUGAGGGAGCCGUUCCCGCCCAACUCCAGGGCACCUCCUCUAGGCCAGAAGUCCAGCGGGCCUUCUGAAAGCAGAGAGUCCUCAGAUGAAUUAGAUAUUGAUGAGACGGCAUCUGAUAUGAGCAUGAGCCCACAGAGUUCCUCAUUGCCCCCCGGAGACGGUCAGCUUGAAGAGCAUGGAAGGGGCCAGAAGCUGCCUGUCAGCAUGCUGGUGCACAUGGCCUCUGGCCCAAGCAGGAAGAUGGCAAACUCAACUCUUCUUUUCACGGACGUGGCAGAUUUCCAGCAGAUUCUUCAGUUCCCCAGUCUGCGGACAACAACUACUGUGAGUUGGUGCUUCUUGAAUUAUACAAAACCCAAUUACGUACAACAGGCCACCUUCAAAUCCUCAGUUUAUGCUUCAUGGUGCAUUAGUUCCUGUAACCCAAACCCAUCAGGAUUGAACACCAAGACCACUCUGGCUCUUCUGAGGUCCAAGCAAAAAAUCACUGCAGAAAUUUAUACUCUGGCUGCUAUGCACAGACCUGGAACUGGCAAGCUUACGUCAUCAAGUGCAUGGAAGCAGUUUGCUCAGAUGAAACCUGAUGCAUCCUUUUUAUUUGGCAGCAAACUAGAAAGGAAACUAGUUGGAAAUAUCUUAAAGGAAAGAGGGAAGGGAGAUAUUCAUGGAGAUAAAGAUAUUGGAUCCAAACAAACGGAGCCAAUCCGAAUUAAAAUCUUUGAAGGAGGGUAUAAGUCAAAUGAAGAUUAUGUAUAUGUCAGAGGACGUGGACGUGGAAAGUACAUUUGUGAAGAAUGUGGGAUUCGCUGUAAGAAGCCAAGCAUGCUCAAAAAGCAUAUCCGCACUCACACUGAUGUCCGGCCAUAUGUAUGCAAGUUAUGUAACUUUGCUUUCAAAACGAAAGGAAACCUAACGAAGCAUAUGAAAUCUAAAGCACACAUGAAGAAAUGCUUGGAGUUGGGAGUUUCAAUGACAUCAGUGGAUGAUACAGAAACCGAAGAAGCAGAAACUAUGGAAGAUUUGCACAAAGCAGCUGAGAAGCAUAGCAUGUCCAGCAUUUCAACUGAUCAUCAGUUCUCAGAUGCUGAAGAAUCGGAUGGUGAGGAUGGAGAUGAUAAUGACGAAGAUGAUGAAGAUGAUGAUGACUUCGAUGAUCAGGGAGAUUUGACACCAAAAACAAGAUCAAGAAGCACCAGUCCUCAGCCUCCUAGAUUCUCAUCCUUGCCUGUGAAUGUUGGCGCCGUGCCACAUGGAGUUCCUUCAGAGAGUUCCCUGGGGCAUUCUUCAUUGAUCAGCUAUUUGGUCACUUUGCCAAGUAUUCAGGUUACUCAGCUGAUGACGCCAAGUGACACAUGUGAAGAUACUCAGAUGACAGAAUACCAGAGGUUAUUCCAGAGCAAAAGUACAGACUCAGAACCGGACAAAGACAGGUUAGACAUACCUAGUUGUGUGGAUGAAGAGUACAUGUUGUCUUCGGAGCCCAGCUCCUCUCCGAGGGACUUCUCACCCUCAAGCCACCAUUCCUCACCAGGAUAUGACUCUUCACCCCGUCGAGAGAAUUCACCAAAGAGGUAUCUGAUACCCAAAGGAGAUGUAUCACCCAGAAGACAUUUAUCACCUAGGAGAGAUCUGUCACCCAUGAGACACCUUUCACCAAGAAAGGAAGCUGCGUUGAGAAGAGAGAUGUCACAAAGAGAUGUUUCACCAAGAAGGCAUCUGUCCCCAAGGAGGCCAGUGUCACCUGGGAAAGAUAUCACGGCAAGAAGAGACCUCUCUCCCAGAAGAGAACGAAGAUACAUGACCACCAUAAGAGCGCCAUCUCCCAGAAGGGCUUUAUACCAUAACCCACCAUUGUCCAUGGGGCAGUAUUUGCAAGCAGAACCAAUCGUAUUGGGGCCUCCUAAUUUAAGAAGAGGGUUACCUCAGGUUCCUUACUUCAGUCUCUAUGGAGACCAAGAAGGUGCUUAUGAACAUCCAGGCUCCAGCCUUUUCCCUGAGGGUCCUAAUGACUAUGUCUUCAGUCAUCUUCCGCUCCACUCUCAGCAACAAGUGAGAGCUCCUAUCCCCAUGGUGCCAGUUGGUGGGAUCCAAAUGGUUCACUCCAUGCCGCCGGCCCUUUCCGGUUUACAUCCUCCACCCACAUUGCCUCUGCCAAUGGAGGGCUCUGAGGAGAAGAAAGGAGCUUCCGGGGAAUCCUUCCCUAAGGAUCCCUAUGUCCUUUGUAAGCAGUACGAGAAAAGAUCUCCUCACGUUUUGCAGUCAUCUGGUCCACCUAGCACACCCUCUUCUCCUCGGCUAUUGAUGAAACAGAGCACUUCGGAAGACAGCCUAAAUGCAACAGAGAGGGAACAGGAGGAAAAUAUACAGACUUGUACAAAAGCCAUUGCCUCUCUCCGGAUUGCCACAGAAGAGGCCGCUCUGCUUGGGGCAGAUCAGCCAGCACGGGUGCAGGAACCCCACCAGAAACCCUUGGAAAGUGCACAUGUUAGCAUUAGACACUUUAGUGGACCUGAGCCAGGUCAGCCCUGUACCUCAGCCACCCACCCUGACUUGCAUGAUGGUGAAAAGGACAAUUUUGGUACAUCACAGACUGCAUUAGCUCACUCCACGUUUUACAGCAAGAGUCGUGUGGAUGACAAACAGCCGGGCUUUCCCAGCAGCAAAGAGCUACCUUCAAGCACAGAGGGAGGCAAUGAGCCUUCAUCAGAGAAGAGUCAACUACAUUGAUCUAAGAUGCAUGGAGACUUUCAUUUCCACAUUUUCCCAUUUUGUUUUUGGUUUUGUUUUUCUAGAAAUAGAGGUAAUCAAGUUUAUAGCAUGCCUGUCUUAAGUUACAGUAGUUUGCUAUUAUAUAUACUUUUGUUAUAUCAAAAGAAUUAGGUAAAUUAACAAGUCACCAUGAGCCUGACCAAAACAAAAUUUGAAAUUAACCUAUUGGGUCUGGUACUUUUAAAACUGUACAGAUGUUUGUGCCUUUUCUUUACUUUGCUUAUAUUCUUAUAAGCAUUUUUUAGCAGUAAUUUGUACAUAUUUUAGAAUUUGUGUAUCUGCUUUGUAAUAAAUGUAAUUUCUUUCCUUUUUUGGACACUUGGAUCUAAAUGAUGUAAAGCAAAACAGCAUCAAUAUAUAUGUGAGGUUGCACUAAAACAUAUUUUUAUAUGAUUAAAACUGAACAGCUUUUAUGUACAGCUCUGAUUCUGUAAUACUAAUAUUUAUUUACUUUGUUUCAUAAAUUGUACAUUUUUUUCUUAAUGUUGUGGAUUGCUUUUCUAUGUGAAGCAUGGGAUUUACUGUUGCGUAACUAGAACAAAAAUGUAUAUUGUAAACAAGAUAUUUAAACUAGAGUAUCUUAUUCUGCACUUAUGCAUUAGUUAAAAAAAGAAGAUAAAGGAUGUAUCAGUCAGUUCUUAACUCUUGUACAUUUUUUUUGUCUCUUGUUUGCCGGAUUGACUAUGACUUAAGCGCUGAUUGUGAUUUUAAACUUAUAGUACCGUAAAGCAUUAAAGUAAACAAUGUGCUAUUGUGAGUUUUUUCAAAGCUUUAUAAAUCAGUUAUAAAUAAUAUUAAAAGUAUUUGGUCUUAUGUGAACAUGUUGAUCUAUAUACUCAUCUAAAAAUAUGGGAAAACAUUCCACCCCAUGUAAAUAUGUACAAGUGCAUCACUGGUACAAUUUUAUGUAACUCAGUUGGACACUAGGUUGCCACAGACCUAUGCUAGGGUGUCUUUAAAAAUUAAAGUGACAAAGCACAUGGGACUGUGUAGAGCUUGGUUAUCGGCCGGCCCGGUGGCUUGGCAGGCAGUGCUGUGCGCUGCCCGUGGAAAAGACCUGGGCUUACAGAUCUCCUUGGUUCUUGCUGCACAAGAUGGUGACCAGAACUAAGGCUGCUCUGGAGGGGAUGUGUUUGGACUUGAGGGUUAGGAGUGGACCCGGGGAAGGGGCACGGAGACCUCUCGGCAGCCUUUCCUCUCAGCCGGUCCACAUGGUAACAGGGUUGGCAUCAGCUUUAGGGGAAGCCACUUCACCCUCUUGAAGAGGGGAAGAGGGUCAGGUUCCUGGCUAUCUCAGGGGGAACGGGGACAAGAAGCUUUCCAGGGAAAAGAAUUUGUGGGAGGAUGAUGUCUUUUGUACACAACAUUCAGUAUGGGCUUUGGUUAGCGUGGAGGUGGGCAGAGCCUUUGUUUGUAGGUCCGGAAGAAUGGAAGAAAGGGAGGGGGUACAACAACACGUGUGCAUACACGCACAUGUGUGUGCAUGCACACAUACACACACACAAUCUGGGUUAUCUUUGUGCUAUAUAGUGGAUUAUAAUUCUGUGAAACCAAGUUUGUAUAUUGAAUUACAUUAAGGAGUGUUCUUUAAAAAGAGAAAUAAAUAUACAAUUA